AUGCCGCACAAAUUCUCACCCUCCAAACCGUACCACACUCCACAAAUUCUCACCCUCCAAACCGUACCACACUCCACAAAUUCUCACCCUCCAAACCGUACCACACUCCACAAAUUCUCACCCUCCAAACCGUACCACACUCCACAAAUUCUCACCCUCCAAACCGUACCACACUCCACAAAUUCUCACCCUCCAAACCGUACCACACUCCACAAAUUCUCACCCUCCAAACCGUACCACACUCCACAAAUUCUCACCCUCCAAACCGUACCACACUCCACAAAUUCUCACCCUCCAAACCGUACCACACUCCACAAAUUCUCACCCUCCAAACCGUACCACACUCCACAAAUUCUCACCCUCCAAACCGUACCACACUCCACAAAUUCUCACCCUCCAAACCGUACCACACUCCACAAAUUCUCACCCUCCAAACCGUACCACACUCCACAAAUUCUCACCCUCCAAACCGUACCACACUCCACAAAUUCUCACCCUCCAAACCGUACCACACUCCACAAAUUCUCACCCUCCAAACCGUACCACACUCCACAAAUUCUCACCCUCCAAACCGUACCACACUCCACAAAUUCUCACCCUCCAAACCGUACCACACUCCACAAAUUCUCACCCUCCAAACCGUACCACACUCCACAAAUUCUCACCCUCCAAACCGUACCACACUCCACAAAUUCUCACCCUCCAAACCGUACCACACUCCACAAAUUCUCACCCUCCAAACCGUACCACACUCCACAAAUUCUCACCCUCCAAACCGUACCACACUCCACAAAUUCUCACCCUCCAAACCGUACCACACUCCACAAAUUCUCACCCUCCAAACCGUACCACACUCCACAAAUUCUCACCCUCCAAACCGUACCACACUCCACAAAUUCUCACCCUCCAAACCGUACCACACUCCACAAAUUCUCACCCUCCAAACCGUACCACACUCCACAAAUUCUCACCCUCCAAACCGUACCACACUCCACAAAUUCUCACCCUCCAAACCAUACCACACUCCACAAAUUCUUACACUCCAAACCAUACCACACUCCACCAUACUAUACCAUACCACACCUCAAAUUCUACACUCCACACCUAACCAAUCCACACCACAUCAUUAUUAUUCACAAAUUUACUCCAAACCAUACCACGCCACAUUCCACUAAGCGCACAAUACCAUAG